AUGAUUACCGAUGGCCUCACCAACGCCUUCAAGACGGAGCGCUUGCUCAUCCGCGCCUUCGACAGUAGCGAGCCACAGAUUAAGUUCAUCUACGAACACAUCGAGGCUGAUCCAGUCCUCUCCGCCCUCGCGCAGCCAUGGAUGCUCAGACCCCAAACCCAAAAGCAUGCUGAGGGGGUUGCGGAGGGCCUGACCAAGGCCGUCCUCAGUGUCGCACUCUACCUCCCCGCCUCGGAACCGGGUGCCGAAAGCAAGAAUAAGCCUGACGGUAAAAUCGACAGCAGAAAGAAGAAUGGAGAUGAGCCCGUGCCAAUUGGGAUCUUGAUUGUUGGAUGGGAAGGCGCUCCGCAAUGGGACCAGGCCCAUCAUCGAUCUACGACGAUUGGGAUUAGUCUUGCUGCAGAGUACCAGAAUCAGGGCUACGGCAGGGAGGCGAUCAACUGGGCUCUGGACUGGGCAUUUCGGUUUGGGGCAUUUCACAGUGUUCGUAUCGCAACAUCAUCUUUCAACGAGCGGGCGCAGAGUCUGUAUCUGAAGCUAGGGUUUGUUGAAGAGGGGCGCGAUCGAGAGGCAUUUUGGUUCGACCGCAAGUAG